CACAAUCGGAACUCCUGCUCGGCGAGGGCCCGGUACGUAACUCCACUUUGUGAAUUCCACCACCACGAAACCCAGCUCGCGCGCACCUUCCUAAAGCCAGUUAUGAUCAGUAGGGCUGACUUAGACGCCAUGUUUCGCAAACCAGCCCCGAUUGCACAUCCUCAACACCAAGCUGUGCAGCAGUACAACGCCGUAAAUAUGCAAGCCCAGCAACGUGCCGAGGCCGAACGACGCGAAAAGAUGCGCCGGAUCGCGAAGAACCCUACAGAUAAGAACAUUCCUGAGGGUGUCGAAGACGUCUGCAUUGGCGACGGCGUAGUGCGUUACCGCGAGUUGCGCGAAAUCGAGCGCACGCUCGACGCGACCAUGAUGCGCAAGAAGCUCGAUGUCAUGGACUCGAAGCACCACUCAAGGGCUUCGCGCUAUGGUACUAUGCGCAUUUGGAUCUCCAACACAGCCGAGAACCAGCCGUGGCAGGGCAAUGGCAUUGAUACGGAGGCCUUUGACUUCGAGAGCGACACCAAUGCCACCUACCGCGUCAAGAUCCAGGGUAAACUUCUGGAUGACGAGGGCGACGAGGGGCUCGAGGACGAGAACGAAGACGAGGAGGGCAAGGAGGCUGACGCCAUGGACGAGGACGGCGCAGAGCCGAAGCCAGCUCCGAAACCGAAGAUGUUCUCCCAGUACUUCAGUGCAAUUACGAUCGACUUCGACCGAAACAAGAACCUCCAACCUGACAACUUGACACAGAUCGAGUGGAAGCGACCAGAGAACCCCACAGCGAAGGAGAGCAACUUCAGCGAGCUCGAGUUCGAGCGCAAGGGCGACGAGAACAUCAACAUUUCGAUUGGCCUGCAGCGAUUCCAGAACCCUGAGGUCUUCAAACUCAGCAAGCCUCUGUCUGAGCUGCUGGAUACGGACGAGGAGGACCGAGCAGGCGUGCUCAUGGGUAUCUGGGCAUACGCGCGGUCACAGCAUCUACAGCAGGACGACGAUGAGCGCAAGUUUGCCUGCGACGCGAAGCUUAAGGCUCUGUUCAACGGCCAGGACUCAUUCUACUUCCCCAAUCUUCCACAGCUUAUCAAGCCGCACCUUACGACCCUCCCACCUAUCCAAUUGCAGUACACGAUUCGCGUGGAUAAGGAAUACCUUGCGCCUGCAGACGGCAGUCAGAAGCCCUCAGAACCGACCGUGUACGACGUGCAAGUCGCACUCGAGGACCCAAUGCAGCCUCUCUUCCAAGACAUUUUGCGCCGACCAGACAGUAUCCAAACGCUUCAGGAGAUUCAGAAGCUGGACGAGCAGCUCGUCUUGCUCAUGGGUGCUAUCGGCCAGUCGAAGGCCAAGCACGCAUUCUUUACCAGCAUGGCGAAGGACCCUGUAGCGUUCUUCAAGCGCUGGCUCUCGUCGCAGAAGCGGGAUCUGGAAGUCCUGCUUGGCGAGGCUACAAGAGGGGGCGGCGAAGAUGUGUCUGGGGAGGAAUGGAGACGUGGAGGAGCUGGUGGUGUAUGGGGUAGCGAAGUCGCGAAGGAGAGUGUUGCGCUGUGGCUGGCAAGAGCACAGAAUGUCAAGACGCACUAGACGGCGUGCAUUUGUUUCAUUUCGCAUAGGGUUGCUGAAACAUUAUUUGGGAUUGGCGCACAGGACAGGGAGAUCAGGCGCUUCAAACGUCGCCUCGACAAGAUACCCGAAUACCAACUUUACUACACCAAG